AUGCUGUCGGGCGAGGCUCUCGCCGCCGCCGUCCUCGAGGCGAAGGAUCGGUACGCGCUGCUCUCUCUAGGUCGCAGAGAGGGCGGCGAACCCAUCCGUGUCGAGUCCGACGGGUAUCUCAACCACGAGGACGAAGAGGUGCGGAAGUGCUACACGCGAAUUGCCGCCCGCAUCCAUCCGGACAAGCUUCGCUGCGCGGAGGCCACCAAAGCGUUCCAGGCGCUCGUGCGUGCAUAUGAGCUCUGCUGCAAGCCCGAUCCCAAGCCGCCCACGCCCAAGCCGCCCAAGCACAAGCCCAGCCGGCCAAAGGCGAAGGCAAAGUCCAAGGAGGCGACCGGCGGGAAGGGCGGCGCAGAGGCGCAGCGCACGGGCGUCAAGCGACCACCUCCGCACCGAGGGCAGGGAGGGCAUGUGCACUGCCUCCGCUGCCUGCUCGACUUCGGCUGCCUGACCGCGGAGCACCACUGCCCCUACUGCGAGCGCGGAUUCGAGUAUCGGCCCGCCCAGUUCCGCACCGCGCUGCGCUGCCCCAACGACAAGCGGCGCGGCGUGCCCGACUGCGGCCGCGCCUUCCGCGUGAGGCAGUUCGCGAUGAGCCGGCAGACGCGCGAGGCGCUGCUGGCCAGGGCAAAGGAGGAGGCGGCGGCGGCCGAGCGGAGGGACGCGGUCACCUCGGGCCACGAGGCGCACCUGCGGGCGGGCGCCAAGCAGCAGGCCAGCGCCAGGCAGUCUGCCAAGAGGCCUGUCAAGAAGGCGCCGCCCAAGCAGGCGCCGCCCAAGCAGGCGCCUCCCAAGCAGAGUUCCGCGGCUGUGAAGGGCGCCGCGAAGCCCGCGGCCAAGCGGGCGGCGGCCAAGGGAGGGAAGCAGGCCACCAAGAAGAAGAAGAAGAACGCCAGGAGGGCGGCAGACAGCAGCGAUGGCGACUACGAGGCGGACUCCUCCCCUGAGAGGCUGCCGAGCAAGGCGCGCGCAAAGGCGUCGGCGUCAGGCCGCCCCUCCCGAGGCGGGCGAAUCGGCGGCCGCAAGAGUUACGUCGAGAGCGAUGGCGAUCACUCAGACUCGUGGUCGUGA